CUAGCAGUUGGCAACACUGUCCUAACCUAUAAAACAAAGACUACGAACGAAUUUCAAAUUGUCCAAAAAGAUUUAAUUUCAAUGAUGUCGUUAAGGCGAAGUUUUCUAAAUUUAUUGAAUAGUACAAAAAAACCUAUACACCAGGCGAGCAGAGCCCGUGCGCUCAGUACUGAGACUUCGCAAAAGGAACAAAAUGCUGGAACUAGAAAACAAACCCACUUUGGAUUCGAAACUGUUGAUGAACAAGAAAAAUCUAAAAAAGUACAUGAAGUGUUCGAGACUGUGGCUGCGAAAUAUGACAUAAUGAACGACGCGAUGUCAUUUGGGAUCCACCGCCUCUGGAAGGACAUCUUCAUGCAGCGGCUCGCGCCCACACACGGCACCAAACUGCUGGACAUGGCUGGCGGCACAGGUGACAUAACAUUCCGCUAUCUCAACUACCUGCGCAACCUGGGUCCAUCCGCGCGGCGCAGCGCCGUCACGGUGUGCGACAUCAAUCAGGCCAUGCUGGACGUCGGCAAGCAGCGGGCUAUCAAGCAGGGCUACACAGCAGAUGGCGGGGUGGACAUCGAGUGGGUCUGCGGGGACGCCGAGCAGUUGUCUCUGCCCAGUGACAGCUUCACUGCCUACACCAUAGCAUUCGGCAUUAGGAACUGUACACAUGUAGAUAAGGUUCUAGAAGAAGCGUACCGCGUGCUGUCGCCGGGCGGCCGCUUCCUGUGCCUGGAGUUCAGCCAUUUGCCCAACGACACCUUGCAGUGGAUUUACGAUCAAUACUCGUUCCAAAUGAUCCCAGUUCUGGGUCAACUGAUCGCGGGGCAGUGGAAACCUUACCAAUAUUUGGUGGAGAGCAUCAGGCAGUUCCCCAACCAGGAGAAGUUCAAGUCGAUGAUCGAGGACGCGGGCUUCAGACAGGUGACGUAUGAGAACCUCACGUUCGGCACGUGCGCGAUUCACUCCGGGUUCAAGAUAUAGUUGUGUGAUCUUGUUGUUGGAAACUGCUUACUCCGGAGGUCCCCCCUCAGACGAUCCCGUGCGAAGCGAUUUAUCGCAUUUGCGUUCAAUUAAAAAGGACUGUCCCAGGAAACCCCUUUUGGAUUUUUUUAACGUUUGUUCAUAGAUCACGUUCGCAUAAAUUACGAAGAAGGAAAUACGUUUGAUAUUCAAAUUUAAAAAUUGAAACAUUGGGUAUUUAUUUUAGACUAAUUAAAAAAUUAAUAGUAAAGGGGAUUUCUGGAACAAACCAUUCUAAUAUAUAUUCGAAGGGGAUAGUUGGACAAUUCCUUCACAGGGGCUCGUUUAAGGGGAUUUCUAGGAUAAGUAUUGGGAUCUUGUGAUAGGCAGACGUCCUUUCCUUGAUAAGUACGAUAAUAUUUUUUUAUAUUUUAUAUUGACAAUUUUCGUAACGAUAUCGACGCCUAGAGUCUGCGCCAUGAAAACGUAUUGCCCCGGAUCAGCCUCUGACUUCUUUCGUGACGCAGACUCGGUACCGGGCAUAGUAUUAGGUUUGGCGAUUAGCCUGCAAGUAAAAUGACUUUCUAGUCAAUGUAGUUUGUGGAUCAAUGCAAAGCGGGAGUGGACGUCUGCAUUAAUAUUAGGAUACGUAUGUAUGUAAUAAAUAAAAAUGUUUUUAUUUCA